AUGGCAUUUUCCUCCUCGAAUGGUGACAGUGGUAAUCCAAGUGCCGCUGAUAGAGGCUCUCUCAGCUCUUGGGUUGAUCACUGCAUUUUGCUUGAUGGUGGAGUCAAGGCAGACGGAGAUGACAUUGGCAUCAGUAUUGGAAUCAGUUCCGCCAAGGACGUAGGAUCGCAGGAGCAAGGUGGCACCGACGAUGAUGGGAUUCAAGGUGGCGUCAACAUUGAAGGCGAGGCAAAAUGCUCGUAUGGAGACGGAAAUAUCUCGAAGUUCUCCGGGGACAGUGGGACCGCUAUCCCAUGUAGCGGAGACGGGAAUUGCACUGAGAAGAAUCCCCACAACGUCGACAGCCUUGCGACAUCCCACAACAGUCAGAACCUGUUGCCCAGUCAUACCAACGACGAUGCUUCUGGUAAUGGUCUUAAUUCCGAUUACAUUGGGAGCACCGGUGCUGGUAAUUUGUUUGACGGGAUGAAUGUCGGUGUUCACACAGGCCCUCCGAUCCACACCCAGAACCAGAAUCAUAACAAGAACUCACCUCGGGAUACAAAACUCGGGGAUCCAUUGAGCAAUCAGGGUUCACAGAGAAAUAGAGGCGGUGAUCAAUUUGAUGUCGACCAGAAUACAUCUCUCGAUGAUUCUAGCAGCAAUGCCCCAGGCCUCGGUUCUGAUAAUUCAGCCAAAGCCAGAGGACUUAUCGAUCAUAUCCCCCAACCAAUCAAGAGUAUACUUGGCUUGGAUAACGGCGAUGACCGCAACUCAGGAGGGAACUCCGGCGGUUCUUCUACAACCGGACAUCAUCAUGACCAAGGUUCUGGCGACAAGACGAGCUCAGGUGGUACUAGGCCGAGCAAUACAAGUCCUCCAUCGCCCCAACAAGGGGGAGGUAAAUCCAAUAAUCCAGAACCUGGAUCGAGUCCAGGAAAUGGCGGCGAUGGUGACUCGGGACCUCACAAUGCAGGAAGCUCCGGAGGCGCCGCAGGUCAAACUGGCAAAGGUUCUCAAAAUGGACCAGGGGAUGACGGUGGGAAUAACAAUGAGGGCGGCGGAGGUGGCUCUCCGCGUAGUUCUGGUUCGCCUUCUCAAACAAUUCCACCCAUCUCUCGUACUCAACCUUCUGCAUCAACGUCUACUGCCGACGUCGGAUCUCCGGUGAAUACCGGAGAUUCUUCUCAAUCUGAAACUUCAAUCUUGACGAGUCCCCAGUCUUCGAAUUCCGCAACGGAAGCCGCUGAUAGUAUGGAUACUGGAAGUUCUGCCAGUGUCGUUGGCGUAUCCUCGGCUUCAGUCUUCACUUCGACGGUUACAAAAACUUAUGCCGGGUCGAUCAGCGGAAGCCCUACUACGGUCAGCGUCUUCACAACUACAGGUAUAGCCACCAUGAUCAGUCCAUCUGAGACCAGAAAUAGUAUUAACAUGCCAACAAGCUCGCGCCCUUUGAUUGGCGGGAUUAUCGGGGGUAUAAUCGCCUUCCUGGCCCUUUCCGCCCUACUGUUAUUCUUAUUCAUCCGCAAACGACGGCGCUUGAGAAUAGCCAGUAGUUUAUUCAACUUUGAUACGGAGAACUUCGUCGGGGUCAAACGCUCUGCGGAGUCUACUCUCGAAGCUUCUGUUUCUACGCCAGCGACUCAUAUGGGUUCUCCCACCGUGGACAGGAGGAAGUCUACUUUUGGAUGGGAGGACGAUAAAUUCCAUGACCACGAAGUGUCCGAGCCAAGGCAGACAUCUCGAGACAAUACUGAGAAUCCAUUCAGAGACGCAAGCCCUGUUGCGCAUGCUCGAAUGUCGAUCAUUUCCAACCCUUUUGCUGACCCCGUUCCUGUCGUUGAAGAUCCCUUUCGCGACCCUGCUCGGAGGUCCAAGCUUACUCUCCGCGAUUCCGAGACUGGCUCUCUCGUGUCUUUUGAGGAAAGUACAGUGCAGAAAGCCUCUCGGGUACCAAUUGUGUCACCUCGAAGGCUUUGA